GCAGGCACUGCCGGGCUGGACGACCUCGACCCGGCUCCCGGCGAAGCGCCGCGGAGGAGCUGCCCGGCGCGCGGAGCCCGAGCACGGGCGAGCCCCUGCAACCUUCCCCUCGGCGCUGGGCCGGCGCAGAGCUGGAGCAUCCGCGGGGGCCCGGGCACGGCGGACCGACGGCCGGCUGCCCCGCGCCCCGUGCCCCGCGCCCAGCAGCAGGGGAGGCGGCGACAUGGCCGCGCGUGUCGGCCUCCUGCUGCGCGCCCUGCUACUGCUGCUGUGGGGCGGCCUGGACGCCCAGCUCGCCCAGCGCGUAGGCCAGGAGCUGCGCAGGGAGGCAGAGGCCUUCCUGGAGAAGUACGGAUAUCUCAGUGAACCCGCCCCCAGUAGUCCCGCCUCCACGCGAUUCAGCAAUGCCCUCAGGGAGUUCCAGUGGGUGUCCCAGCUGCCCACGAGUGGGAUGCUGGACCCCGCCACGCUGCGCCAGAUGACGCAGCCCCGCUGUGGGGUGGCAGAUACCGACAGCCAGGUGGCCUGGACCGAGAGAGUCAGUGCCCUAUUUACUGGACGUCGGGCCGAAAUGAGGCGUAAGAAACGCUUUGCCAGGCAAGGCAACAAGUGGUACAAGCGGCAUCUCUCCUACCGCCUGGUGAACUGGCCCCAGCACCUGCCUGAGCCGGCAGUUCGGGGGGCCGUGCGUGCCGCCUUCCAGCUGUGGAGCAACGUCUCGGCGCUGGAGUUCUGGGAGGCCCCGGCCACAGGCCCCGCUGACAUCCGCCUCGCCUUCUUCCAAGGGGACCACAACGACGGGCUGAGCAACGCCUUCGAUGGCCCAGGCGGCGCCCUGGCGCACGCCUUCCUCCCCCGCCGCGGCGAAGCGCACUUCGACCGCGACGAGCGCUGGUCCCUGAGCCGCCGCCGCGGGCGCAACCUGUUCGUGGUGCUGGCGCAUGAGAUCGGCCACACGCUCGGCCUGACCCACUCGGCCGCGCCGCGCGCGCUCAUGGCGCCCUACUACAAGAGGCUGGGCCGCGACGCGCUGCUCAGCUGGGACGACGUGCUGGCCGUGCAGAGCCUGUAUGGGAAGCCCCAGGGCGGCUCAGGGGCCAUCCAGCUCCCAGGAAAGCUGUUCACGGACUUUGAGGCCUGGGACCCCCACAGACUCCAAGGAAGGCGCCCUGAAACCCGAGGUCCUAAAUAUUGCCACUCUUCCUUCGAUGCAAUCACUGUAGAUGGGCAACAUCGACUAUACAUAUUUCAAGGGAACCAGUUCUGGGAGGUGACAGCUGAUGGCAACGUCUCAGAGCCCCACCCACUACAGAAAAGGUGGGCAGGGCUGCCCCCCCAUAUUGAGGCGGCCGUGGUGUCAUUGGAGGAUGGAGACUUCUACUUCUUCAAAGGGAGUCGAUGCUGGAGGUUCCAGGGCCCCAAGCCAGUGUGGGGCUCCCCACAGCUGUGCAGGGCAGGGGGGCUGCCCCCCCACCCGGAUGCUGCCCUCUUCUUCCCUCCUCUGAGUCGCCUCAUCCUCUUCAAGGGCGCCCGCUACUACGUGCUGGCCCGAGGGGGGCUGCAGGUGGAGCCCUACUACCCCCGAGGCCUGCAGGACUGGGGCGGUGUCCCUGAGGAGGUCAGCGGCGCCCUGCCCAGGCCCGACGGCUCUAUCAUCUUCUUCAGAGACGACCGCUACUGGCACCUCGACCAGGCCAAACUUCGAGCAACGGCCUCGGGCCGCUGGGCCACAGAGCUGCCCUGGAUGGGCUGCUGGCAUGCCAACUCGGGGGGCACCCUGUUCUGAAGAUGCCCCCACCUCUUAGUGAAUUGCUGGCGCUCUCGUGGCCAACGUGUAUCCGCAGCCCCAAGGGCAGACCCUGUCUGGAAGCCUCUGAGCCUCCCUGCAGAAGUCCGGGCAGGAAAGUUCAUCUGCAUUUGUUCCCUGGAGAAUGUCUUUGUGCUGUCAAGACAUUGAUCUUUGUGGGAUCAAUUCAACGAGAAGCCAAAAAGGAUCCCAGACCCCACGGCCCUUUCCCCAAAGACCCAUUCCUCCCCAGGCCUUGGGGAUUUUGUUUCUUCCCCUAAAGGUGCAGUUCCUGUCCAUGAGGCCACAGCACUGGGCAACCAGGAAGGAUGCAAAACUCAAUGGAGAAGUUGGGACCACUUUGCAAGACUGUCCCUUCCCCUCAGGACCUCCUGGCUCAGUCCUUGGAGAAUUGUGUCUUAUUUAACCAGAGGCCCCACCCCCAGAAAGACUGGAUGGAUUGAGUACAAGGGUCUCCAACCUCAGGGGUGUCAGGACCCAGAACAAGAAGGAGACUGAUGCAGGCUUACUAGGCCCUGUUUCUUUCAGGGGUUGGGGGGAAGACUGGAAUAAAGAGGUGCUCCCAGCUGGUGGGCCUGGAGGGGGGAAGCAGCCUUCCUUGGACACAUUUCUAGUGAGAGCAGGUGGGUAUGGAUGCUAGGGAGGCCGCAACCUUGUUCUUCUGGUCAAAGCCGGGACCAGUGAGUUGUGCGUGUGUGUAGUUGUGAUGGGGAGAGGGGCCCUGCCUCUCUCCUCAAAAAUCAAAAUAUCCUUCGCCCACCUCAUCCCCCAGGCCAGAUGAAGGACCCUGUGUGGUAGGAGGAGGACAGGGGCCUCUCUGGAGGUCUGCACAGCUGCAGUCGCUGGGGGCUCUGCAAGCCGGGAGAGCUUCGUACUCACAAUGGCCCCAUUCUCCUGGCCACACACGAAGCAUUCCAGGAGCUCCCACUGGCCGCCCAAGAAUAGCUGGGAUUCCUGGAGAAGGACCCAGCUCCCUGGCCUCCCAGUCUUCUGUCUCAGCGGCUUCUGGGGCUGGUUCUCUAGUCCUGCCCCCUGCACACCUGCCAGUGCCUCCUCUGCACACACACUGACCUCAGCCAGACCGGGCUUCCCGCGGGAGGGGAGGAAGGUCCGUCCAGCUUUAGCUGCCAGUGGGCAUUCCUGGCCCCGCAGCUUCAUUUUCUUCUCUGCGCAGUGGGAAGAAUGGCCCUUCACUGCCCUUGGCUGCAAGUGCUUUGCUUCGCCCCGUCCGGGGGGAGUUGCAGGGAGGAGGCUCUCCGCCUGCCCUUUUCCCUCUGGCUUGAACCCGGGGGAAGGGGAGGAGGGUCGAUCUUUAUCCCACGCCCCACCUCAAGGCACUGA